GCAAAAUAGAAAGUCCACAAAACAACUUUCAAGUGGUUUUCAUCAACAUGGCAAAUAACAGCUACAGAACAGUUUAUGCAUUUGCAAGAGAAAUGUACCCCAAAACCGUGAAAACCGAUAUACAAUAUGGUACGGCUGGAUUUAGAACCAGAGCCGUUGAUCUUGAAUAUGUGAUGUACCGUAUGGGACUCCUGGCUGUGCUUAGAGCAAGAUACAAGAAAGCUGUCAUUGGAGUUAUGAUCACUGCCUCACAUAAUCCUGAGCCAGAUAAUGGUGUAAAAUUAGUCGAUCCUCAUGGAGAAAUGUUAGAGCAAUCAUGGGAGGCUUGGGCCACAAAAUUUGCCAAUGUUGCUGACAACAAACUUGAAGACACAAUAAAUGAAUUAAUCAAAGAAUAUAAUAUUACAAAUAUGAAUGACAGGGUAGAAAUACUUGUAGGAAAAGAUACAAGACCUAGUAGUCCACAUCUAGCUAAAUCUGUAGUUGAUGGAGUACUAGCUCUAUCUGGGAAGCCUAUAGAUUUUGGAAUAGUUACCACUCCACAAUUGCAUUACUUUGUAAAGUGUAGAAACACACGUGGAGCAUAUGGUCUACCUACUGAAGAUGGUUACUACAAAAAAUUAACAACUGCUUUUAAAAACAUCAGAGGUAGUAACUUUACGAAUGGUAAUUAUACAAAUAGGGUAAUAUAUGAUGGUGCGAAUGGAGUUGGUGCUAAAAAAGUAAAAUUUCUCAAAGAAGCCUUACAAGGUAGCUUAAUUAUCGAUAUGUAUAAUGAUGAAAUUAUUGGUUCGGGAAAAUUAAAUUAUUUGUGUGGUGCUGAUUUUGUCAAAUCGCAACAAAAAUUCCCCACUGGCCUUCCUGUUGAAUCCAACGCUAGAUGUUGUUCAGUUGAUGGUGAUGCAGACCGAAUUGUGUAUUAUUAUUUAGAUGAGAACAAUAAAUUUCAUCUUAUGGAUGGAGAUAGGAUAGCAACUUUAGUUGCGGGAUAUCUCCAAGAAAUUGUCCAACAAACAGGAAUUGAUCUCAAUAUGGGAUUAGUACAAACUGCCUAUGCCAAUGGGGCAUCUACUGAAUAUAUCACUGAAAAAUUAAAAGUGCCUGUUGCUUGUGUACCUACUGGAGUGAAACAUUUACAUCAUAAAGCUCUCACAUUCGACAUAGGAGUUUACUUUGAGGCAAAUGGCCAUGGAACAGUAAUUUUUAGCCAAGAAACCAAGAAUAAGUUGAAAGAAGCAGCGAAAAAUAAUAGCUACUCAGAAGAACAAAGAAAAGCCAUCGAGAAGCUCCAAAUCUUAAUAGACGUGAUUAAUGAAACUGUCGGUGAUGCGAUUUCCGAUAUGUUAUUAGUGGAAACUAUACUUCACGCUAAGGGUUGGAAUGUAACUGAUUGGGAGGCGUGUUACACAGAUUUGCCAAACCGUCUUAUGAAAGUAACUGUCAAGGAUCGUCGUGUAAUUAAAACAAAGGAUGCAGAAAGGAUAUGCGUGACUCCAGAAGGUUUACAAAAAGAAAUUAACACUUUAGUUUCCAAGUACAGUAAAGGUCGAGCUUUUGUUAGACCGUCGGGGACGGAGGAUAUUGUUAGGAUUUAUGCUGAAGCUAGUACAAGAAAGGAAACAGACAAACUAGCAGCAGAGGUAGCUUUGAAAGUUUUCGAGCUCGCAGGGGGUACUGGAAAUGCUCCCGAGAUUCCUCAGUAGGACGGGUUCGUUUUCUUUUCCUGACGGAUUUUUAAAUUAAUUUUUUUUACGUUAUAAGAAAAUUAUUUGCCAUAUCAACAAUGAUUUAUUUUUUAUUGAAAAAGGAGGGAAAAUAUUUAGUUAUAUAUUUAAAUCAUCCAUCUUUUUGUUUUGACUUGAUUUGGAUAAUUUUCUUUGUCAAGUUUAGUUUGUAAACAUGAAUAAUAUUAACAGUAGAAGCUUUUCGCUUUGCUACUUUUUUCCAUCUCUAGAAAUAAAAGUUUUACUAUAAAUCACUUUAUAAAGAAAUUCUGAAAAUAUAUUAGAAAUUGUUAUUUCGUUUAAACAGCUUCUUAUUGAUUGAUUAUUUCGGCCACUUUUUAAGAAAUAAUAAAAUAAGUAACUUUUUUAUUUUGAGUAGUGGAAUGUAAGAACACAUUUUAUCUAGUCAAGAAUGACUGUAGCAUUACCAAGUCUAGUCUUAAAUGUUUUGCAUUUGGUUUUUGAAAUAUUUUCCCUCUUUACACUUUUUUUUUCCAACCGAAAUUAAACGACUGCAAAUUUUGCAUCUUAAUAAUCAAUAUUGAGUAAACAGCCAUAAGCAAAUCCAAGUGCUCAAAUUAACAGAAGGUCCUCUAUAGGGAGAUUUUAUUUUAAGUAAAAAUAGUUUUUUAUUUUUUUGUUCUAUUUUAAUUAAUGAGUAUUUUAUACAUA